CCAUUCGUCGUGAGCUGUCAUUUUUACUGGGAAUGGGUGGUUCCAUCAUCAAGAAUGAGCUGGAAGCAUAUAAGUGCUGUGCAAAUGAAGCUAUUGAGUUCAAGCUUGUGAGACAGGAAUCAGACAUUGAAGAUGAGAACACAAGUUUUAAACCUGAUAUGACCCACCAAUUGUUUGGUAACAAUGAAAGCAUUUUUGGUUUUAAAGAUCUGAAGGUGCAGAUGUUCUACAGUGCAGCCAAACUUGAAACAUAUAUCAUGUUGAAGUACUCUGAGAAAGUAUCGCCUGACACAACUGAUGGUGUUAUGCCUGAUGAUGUUGUCAAAGUUUUAGCCAGCAAAAUGCCAUCAGAUUUUACUUCCAAUCUGGAUGAUUUUCUCUCCAAACUCCCCAAAGAAGCAAACUUCAAACCACAUGGACAACUGCUGCAUUCAUAUGACAUCACAAAAGGUGGUGAGAACAGAGUAUUUGAAAUAUACAAGGCAGAAAUCAGUACACCUGGGUUUUUGGAGUAUCAUGAAAGGCUGCAGACAUUCGUCUUGUUUUACAUUGAUGCUGCUUCCUACAUAGAUGUCGACGAUGAUAGGUGGAAGUUUUAUGUCCUAUAUGAAAAGUACUUGACGAAUGGUAACCCCAUGUAUGCUGUAGCAGGCUACAUGACAGUUUACGAAUAUUAUGCAUAUCCAGCCAAAAUCCGACCAAGAAUAAGUCAGGUGCUGAUCCUCCCUCCGUUCCAACGACAAAGUCAUGGGGCUGAGCUAAUACAGACUUUCUACAAUGAGUGCUACCAGAGGAAAGAAGUGUUGGACAUCACAGUGGAAGAUCCCUCAGAAAACUUCCAGAGGCUCAGGGAUUUUGUGGAUGUGAAAAAUUGUUUGAAAUUACAAAGUUUUCAAAAAGAGUCAGUGCAGAGAGGAUUCUGUGAUGGCAUGGCAAAAGAAGCUCAAGAAAAAUUAAAAUUAACAAAGAGACAAGCCAGACGGGUGUAUGAAAUCUUGCGACUCAAAGCAACAGAUACAAGUAAUAAGGAAGAAUACAAAAAAUACAGACUUGAUGUUAAAAAGAGGCUGAAUGCUCCAUUUCAGAAAAAUGGCCGAGAUUUUCAGAAGUUAAACAAUGCUCUACAGCCAGACGAGCUCACAGCCACAGUAAAUAGCCUAACAAGGGAACAAAGACUGGGUUACCUUGAAAACACCUUUAAUGAUCAUAUAGACAUGUACAGGCAUGUGCUGGAGAGAAUAGCAGCCACAAGCAUAUAGAGGGGCAGGGAUGGAUGCUCUAGUGGAUCAGACUCGAAAUCUUGUGUUACUAUUGUAGAGAUUCAGCUGAAAGUGCAUGAACCACCAUGUCAGGGAUUCUCCAUCUGUGUAGAGACUGAACUAUGAUAAAUGACCAUGUCAGUGAUUUUCCAGAUAUUUGCGCCAUCUUCAUAACUACAGACUGACUUCAUGUUUUCUAUGAUAUGAGAAAGUGCUGAUCAGUCAGUGCUUCUGUUUCAGCAUUGACAAUGUACAUGUAAUUGUGCUACAGUUGAAAUGUACAUGCAUAUUUAUUAUAAAAUAAACAGUGUUUCAAAA